AUGUCCGAGGAUGGAGUGACCUUCAAGAUCCAGUCGCUCUUCUAUCAAGGAGCAUACGGCAGUGCCAUAGCACUAGCAUCGAGCAACACAUCAGGCUCGCCAUCGUCCGAGCCGACCCUCACGCGCCUGCUCUACGCAGCAAGGUCUCACAUCGCCUCCAACAAUCCUCGAGGCGCCUUGUCCUUGUUGCCCGCAGAUGUAGCAUCUUCUAGCGCAGCUGCUCGGUCCGUGCGAGCUUUGGCCGCCUUCGUGGAGGCGCGUAGUCAGGGAGAUGUUAGUGGAGCGGACGAGAAUUUGGCAGAGUUGAGAGAAACACUCGACGAUGCGGUCGUGGGCGACCCUUCGGGCCAGACUAUUCGCGUCUGCGCUGCUACCGCCAUGGCACUGGAUGAUGACCCUAUCGGCGCGUUGGAGACUCUGGGUAUCGGAACAGCGAGCUCCAGAGAGAUUGAAUGCAUUGCACUGGGCGUGCACAUCUUGCUGUCACAGCACCGAGCUGAUCUAGCAGAAAAAGAAUAUCAAGCCGCUCGCACCUGGGCAGACGACAGUUUGCUUAUUCAGCUCAUCGAAGCGUACAUAGGCCUUCACACUGGUGGCAGAUCUGCUCAGCAGGCUUACUACGUGUACGACGAAUUGGCGCAAAAUCCUGAGCAUGCGGGCAAGGACGCAAGCGUGAAUCCACUCGUUGGAAAGGGUGUUGCGCAGCUCGUGCUAGGCCAGAGAAACGAGGCAACGCAAGUGCUUGCCGAUGCUGAGAAGCUUGAUCCAAACAAUGUGGACAUGCUUGCCAACUCGGCAGUCCUCGCUUCCUAUUCGGCCUCUCCUGCCGGAUAUUUUGGUCGCCUCGAACAACUGCGAAGGGUAGCUCCCAGCCACGCGCUAGUCACUUCUGCAGACGAAGCUGCUCAAGCUUUCGACUCUGCAUUUGUCAAGCACCAAGAAGCUCAGGCCGCUCUUUGA